AUGAAGCAUUUGGUAACUCUCACUUGUGUGUUGGGAUUCCUGUGUGGGGGAAUCUUCGCCGACUACGCAGCCAUCAACGUUGGAGCACAAGGUCUACUUACAAUCGCCACGAGCCUGAAAAACAUAUCACCCGUUAUGACAGCCUUCUACAAAAAUCUCAACUCUGCUCUCACCAAGUUUACGACUGCCACCAGCAAAGUUGAAUCGCUCGUCAACUCCACAUACCAAACGUUGAACGACACUUACGGAGCUACACAAACCAACCUGGAAAACGUUUUCAGCAACAUAAACAAUUUGGAUUGGCAGAUCACUUAUGUCCUUCAGCAGUUCAGUUCAAACGCUGGUAAUGAUGUUAAUAUACUCGAGAACCAACUACAGCAGACCUUCGACCAACUCCUGUCGUACUAUGGCAUGUUGUCUAAUGAAGUGAAUUACGACACAUGCAGCUUGGAGAUCUUCGAUGAUGCCGUCGCUUCACCAAACCAGUUGGUCAAAUUCGGAACUUCAUGUCUGCAGACUUAUGUGGAUACCAUCCCGACACUCGUGAGUCCCGUACAGGAUAUAUUGGAUUUGGUGAAAAGUGACUUCAAAUCUUUCUCCAAACAACUGAACAUUUGCGCUUCUACUUCAACCAACUGCAUCAAUGCGUACUUCGACAAUAUUGGCUCGGAGCUCAGCUACAUAUCCAAUGAAGUGUACGUGGUGCAAUAUCUGCUGAACAUCUUCCAGGACGCUGCAAAAGAUCGCGAUAACUUGUGUGGGCAGUUGAUCAAGUAUAAUGUCCAGGACAUCCUCAAUGGCUUGUUCAACCAAUUCGUGCGAUGCAUGUAAUUAUGUGAACGAUGUUGUAAUCAGAACUUACAAAUGUUUGAAUAAAUGAACAGUCUGGUUGUCGUUGUUCUACAACGCUAAUAAAAUA